AGCACUGGUCAUGACGGAGGGGAGAAAGUAGGUCACAGACUGAGUACGGUUUUAUAUCACAGUUCAUGUAACAUUAGACAGAGGGGUCCAUUAGAUGGAGAUGUCAUAGCUAGUUCAUCUCAUGUAGAGCACCUAUCCCAGUGUCUCAGAGGAGGAAUACCAGCCAGGCCAACCAACCAGGAGGUGCCGAUCUCUCUUCAUCUCAAACCAAGAGCAGAGCAAUUGCGAAUGGAUGGAAGGAAAUUCCAGAAGCUGUAAUGAACAUUUGUGAUGAUCUAAUGGCAGACCAAAGAAUGGACAUUACCUCUACGAUGAAUGAGUUCAUGUCCCCCAGCUCCACCGACCUGAUCAGCAGCUCCAUCAACACCCCAGGCAUGGACUACACCCGCAAGAGGAAGGGCAGCACCUCCGACUACCAAAUUGAUGGAUUUUCUUUCGACGAUAGCAGUAUGGAUACAGACAAGGAUAAGCUUAGGGAUUGUGGUGAUCACCAGGGCCGGAUAAAAAAUGCCAGGGAGGCACACAGUCAGAUUGAGAAGAGGCGUAGAGACAAGAUGAACAGCUUCAUAGACGAGCUGGCGGCGCUAGUGCCUACCUGCAACGCUAUGUCCCGCAAGCUAGACAAACUCACAGUCCUACGCAUGGCUGUCCAGCAUAUGAAGACAUUACGAGGCGCAGCGAACCCUUACGCAGAGGCGAACUACAAGCCAUCUUUCCUGUCUGAUGAUGAACUGAAGCACUUAAUACUGAGGGCUGCUGAUGGCUUUCUGUUUGUCGUCGGAUGCGAUCGUGGGAAGAUCCUCUUCGUCUCUGAGUCCGUUUACAAGAUCCUCGACUAUAGCCAGAACGACCUGAUUGGCCAGAGUCUUUUUGAUUACCUGCAUCCUAAAGACAUCGCCAAAGUCAAGGAGCAACUGUCAUCAUCGGAUACAGCACCCCGGGAGCGACUCAUCGAUGCCAAAACUGGCCUGCCAGUGAAGACUGACAUCACCCCUGGGCCGUCUAGACUGUGCUCCGGAGCCAGACGUUCUUUCUUCUGCCGGAUGAAAUGUAACCGGCCCUACGUCAAAACGGAGGACAAGGACUUCCCCUCGACCUGUUCCAAAAAGAAAGCCGAUCGCAAGAGCUUCUGCACGAUCCACAGUACUGGCUACCUGAAAAGCUGGCCGCCCACCAAGAUGGGUCUGGACGAUGACAACGAGCCCGACAACGAGGGCUGUAACCUCAGCUGCCUGGUGGCCAUCGGCCGGCUGCACCCCCACAUCAUCCACCAGCCCUCCCAUGAAGACAUCCGCGUCAAACCCACCGAAUACGUCUCCCGCCACGCUAUCGACGGGAAGUUUGUCUUUGUCGACCAGAGGGCCACAGCCAUUAUUGCAUACUUACCCCAGGAGCUUCUAGGCACCUCCUUCUACGAGUAUUUUCAUCAGGAAGAUAUUGGCCACCUGGCAGAAUGUCACAGACAAGUGCUGCAGAUGAGAGAAAAGAUCAACACAAACUGUUACAAGUUCAAGAUUAAGGAUGGCUCCUUCAUCACGCUGAGAAGCUGCUGGUUUAGUUUCAUGAAUCCCUGGACCAAAGAAGUGGAGUACAUCGUCUCCACAAACACAGUGGUCUCAUGCAGUAUGUUAGACGGUGCAGACCCCUAUCCUCAGUCUGCUGCCUCCCCCACAGCCUCUGUGGACAGUGUGCUGACGUCAGAAGGUGGAGGGAGACGGGCCGUUCAGACGGUGCCAGGCAUCCCUGGUGGAACACGGGCAGGCGCCGGUAAGAUCGGCCGCAUGAUCGCAGAGGAGGUGAUGGAGAUUCAGAGGACCAGAGGCUCCACACCCUCCAGCUGUGGCUCCAGCCCCCUGAACAUCAGCACCCCCCCUCCAGACUGCUCUCCAGGGGGCAAGAGGAUUCAAAAUGGUGGAACGUCAGACCUUCCGUCUGCAGGAAUGCUACCAGGAGGACCUGACUCCAUUGGAUACCCAUACUCCAACCAGUCCAUUAUGAGUGAAAACUCUCAUCUCAGCAUCGACAUCAUGGACGAGCCAGGCUCCAGCAGCCCCAGUAACGAUGAGGCAGCCAUGGCUGUGAUCAUGAGUCUCCUGGAGGCUGACGCAGGCCUUGGGGGCCCCGUGGACUUUAGUGACUUACCCUGGCCCUUGUGAUGACGGCCCUAGAGGAACAGCAGGGCAGUUGGAACUCUUGGGUUAAGGCCCACAUAACUCAUGUCAGAACCCUGAAUUGACGAUGCAGUGAUAUCAUCAGGAACCAUGGCACUGUGGGACUUAUUGGAGCCAAGACCUCCAUGGUAUACCUGUCUGUGCCCUCCCUAGCCUGCUGCUGGACACUUACAUUGACCUUCACCACAGGACAAUUCAGUUAGCAAUGUCUAUGUUCCUGCGUUAUCCUACCAGGGAUUUCUAUUGAAAACCUGUUUCUGUUUUAGUGUUUUGAUGUUUUUACACUACAAAAUGGUUUUCCUUGUUGGAUAACCCCAUUGGAAAUUGUAUCAAAUCUUUAAAUAGUAUCAUGUAAGAAAUACUUAAUGCAAAAUAUAUGGUAUGUGUAUUGUAUUAGCAGUGAAAAAAUGUUUAAAUUAAGUGUUUUUUUGGAUUGUAUCUCCUUCCAGAAGACUUCGAGCUAUAAAUAUAAUCUUGAAAACAGAA